AUGUCAGGAUUCAGCGGGCUCCGCCGAGCAGCCAUUUUCUGCAGCUGCGUCUCCACCGGAGCUCUGCCGGGCGGCGGGGCCGGGCGGCGGUACGGCCCGGGGGGGCCCCCCCUGUCCCGCUGCCCGCCGCCGAGACAGAGCGGGAGCCUUGGGAACGGGCCCCCGUUGCGCCGGGGCUGCCGGCCCCCCCGGACCGGGGCCCCGCUGCCCGCCGCGCCCGGCAGCGGGACAGGUCCCAGGAUGCCCGGUCGCCGCCGGCGGCUCCUUCCCACCGGGAUCGCCCCGCUGCCCUUCGCGCCCCGCGCACGCAGCAGCCGUGGUCGUGGCUGGUUUAGUCCACGCAAGACCGGGUCACUCAAGGCUGGCACCGGGCCCCGGGCCACUGGCACCGGGCGAGGGAGCCCGGAGUGCGAUCUCCAGCCUCCCGUCCCGACGGGCCGGGGACGCGGUGGUCGCCUCCCUUUGCCCCACCCCACGGGCAGCGCAGGUGCCCCGAUGUCCAGGGGGGGUCCGUCGGGGACAGCACGGCCAGCGCGGCGGGGUGGGGUGAGUCGGAAGGCGACCGAGAUGGGCCGCGGGACUGAACCGGCGGCGCGGGCUCGGACGGGCAGGACGGCGGGUGCCCAGACGGAGCGGGCUGGUGCCUUCACCCGCGGGAGCGGAGCUCGGCGGGACCGGUCCGUGGCCCGGUUGGGCCCGUGGAGCGGAGCGGCGGCGGAGGGCGGAGAAGAGAGUGGGAAGAGAAGGAGGGGGCUCCUGCAGUGCUGCAAUGCAGCGCCGCGCCGAGAGCCGAGACCGCCGGCCCGGCCGUGCUGCAAUGCAGGUGUGAGACCGCGCCCGCCGCGCGAGGCUCAACCGGGCCGAACCGGGCCAGGCAUCCCGUGCCCCGCCGGGCCGCCCCCCGCCCCACUCGAGCCGACUUCCGCCGCUCCUCUGCUUUCUAGCCCCCGUUUCGUUUUCCUCCCGCUCCUGCCGGGACGGCGGGACGUUUCCUCCUGCGGCGGGACGCAGCCGCCCGGUGCCCCCGGGACCUCCCGCUCGCCCGGUGUUUGCCAUGGGGAGGGCAACCGGGGCCUCAUCCUGCCCUGGCUCUGCGGCCCGCGGGCCACAACAGCCGCCCCCCCGGUCCUCCCCACUCCCCAGCUUCUCGCUGCGGCUCCCCCGACGCCGGGACCGCUGCGAAGCCCCCGAGGUUUACGGGCGGAUCAAAACGGCCUCAACCUUCCCAUGGAGGCUCCGGGCAGCCCCCCAGUCCCCCCGCCCCUUUUCCGACUCCUCGCCGGUAUUUCAGUGUCUCGUUCGAGCUACCGGAGGCUGCUGCACGGGAAGGCUCAGCAGUGCCACACACCGAGCAGUACCGGCAGCCUGCUCUGCCGUGAACCUCCCCGACACACACACCAGAAAUCCCUGGCACCGGCUCCUCCCUGUGUAACGGCUCCGCCGAGGGCACGGCUGGAACCGGUGCCCGGCGGCGCCGAGGGACCGGCUCUAAGCCACGGCUUGUCUCCGGGUCCGACCCCCCCCGGGCAGGCACGUCCCCGAAGGCGGGGGCAUGCCGGUGCAGAACGAUCGCCGUCCAUAUUACCGGGGGGGCUGCCACAGGCAGGGAAUCCCCCGCAGGUUCCGUGCCCCCCUCCAGGAGAGCAGCGGGGGAGCUUUGGGAGCCCCAAUGGACGGCUCAGCCCCGCAAUCCCCCACCAGCAACAGCCUUUCGUUACCGCACCCCUCCGGUUACCGUAUCCCCGCGGUUAUUGUCCCCGCCCCCCCCAAUCCAGCAGCUCCCAGGACACCGGCCCAGCCCCGGUCACACUCCCCGUACCCUCGGGAAGCCGCUCGCGGUUCUGA